AUGGACACUACAUCAUCCUAUACUAGUGAUCAUAGUUCUGAUGACCACAAGGCUGCUCAGCAACAGAUGAUGCAGUUAAAUAUGAUCAUUGAAAGUCAGAAGACUAUGGUCAAGCUCACCGGACUCUGUUUCGACAAAUGCGUUUCGACUCCUGGCAAGUCUCUGUCCACUUCGGAGCAGACCUGUUUGUGGCGUUGCGCUCAGAAUAUGAUGGAGACCAACGUGUUCAUGCAGAAGAGGCUACUACAACAGGCCAAGCAUCAAUAG